AGGCAGGCAGACUUCCGGAUUUCUUAACUCUCCGAGAUCUGCUCGGAGCGCGCAUCGAAAUGGCUGCGUUCUUGCGAGCUCGCAAAUAUGUUCGUUGCGUAGUCCGUUUCUCUGACCGUGACUUGUAAACGCCACGCUGAACGUUUUUGAAGACACGCGCGCUUACAAAAAAGGACUUUCUCUGCCAAGUUGUCAUGGCUGAAGACAAUGUGGAUAUCGGUGGCACGGUGGAGGAGGAAGAUGAGAAUUCUGAUGACCCAAAUCUUGAGCUGCAGCUCAAUGCUUUCCGAGCUAAGUGGAUGUCUGAGCUCAAGCCGAGCUGCGACACGAGGCUGCUGCGAGUCACGGGUUCGAGGAGGACCCAAGAAAUUGCUCGGGAGGAAGAGGCUGCUGAGCUGUUCUUAAGAGCUGUUCAGGAAGAGCAGAAUGGAGCAUUUUAUGAGGCUAUCAAGUUCUAUCGCCUGGCUAUGCAGCUUGUGCCCGAUAUCGAAUCAAAGAUCAACUACAGCCACCCUGACGCCAAUCAAGUUGAGGGAAACUAUAAGGAGGAGAGGGAUGCCGACGGAGAGAUUGAGGAUCUGGUUGCCUACUUUGAGCAGGAGCUCACGUUGGCCACUUCCUUUCCUAAGAUUUGCUCGCCUGAGUUUGAAAAAUCUCAGGUGCAUCUGUCAGCCUUGCCACGGGAGAUCCUCAUGUAUAUAUUCCGUUGGGUUGUGUCACGCGACCUGGACAUGCGAGCCCUCGAGCAGCUGUCGCUGGUUUGUCGUGGCUUUUACAUUUGUGCAAGGGAUCCUGAGAUUUGGCGUUCAGCCUGCCAAAGAGUGUGGGGGCGCAACUGCACCAAGCUGGGACACUUCCUGUCUUGGAGAGAGAUGUUCCUGCAGAGGCCCCGUGUCCGUUUUGAUGGCAUCUACAUCAGCAGAACGUCGUACAUUCGUCAAGGAGAGCAAUCUCUGGACGGCUUCUACCGACCUUGGCACCAUGUCGACUUCUACAGGUACUUGCGCUUCUUCCCUGAUGGCAGCGUGCUCAUGGUGACCACACCUGAGGAGCCUCUCUCGAUUGUCCCUCGCUUACGCACUCAAAAUGUCAGAAUGGAGGCCGUCAAGUUCGGCCACUUCCGUCUGUCCCAGGAGACGGAGAACCAAACCAAAGUUUACGCAGUCGUACGCAAGAGAAAGGAGGAGAAAUCAUCCGAGAUGCAAAAGAAUCGGUUCUGCAGGCGGAACCCAGUCCCUGAGACCGAGCACACCUUCCACGUGGGACUACUUCUGUCCUCUGGGGGGCGCCAGAGUUUCAAUAAGCUGGCAUGGAUCCACCAUUCUUGCCACAUCACUUACAAGCUGACUGGGGAAACUGUUAUCAGUGCAUUUGACCUGAACAAGAUGUACACACCUUUCAUCUUUGGUCGCGUCAAGAGUUACACAGCAUUCUCAGAUCAGCCACUCUAAGACACCCAGAUGAUCAUCGACAGAGACCACCUGGUUCACUAAACAACCCCAAACACACUAGCACAUGAUAAUAAUAACUGGUUAAUCUUGUGAUUUUCAGAAAUGUUGCAAAGUGAUUUGAACUCUAGGUAAUUAGCAGUCCCAGUUCGCAUGUUCCCGGCAAUGAAUGUUCAUUAUGGUUUUGUCUCAUGGUGCACUUUCUCCUUCAAAUACACAGAGAUAAAAUGCUUCUUAUGUUUCAA